AUGAGCGACGCGGAAGAACCCCAGGAACCCCAGGAACCCCCGGGGUUCUCCCGCCCAAGCCUGGGCACGGCUGACCUGCUGCUGCAAGCCCUCGAGCGGGACUACCAGCGCACUUGUGCUGCUGGAGCCUCGUGGGGCUCUGAGGGGGCUCUGGGGGGGGCAGCAGACGCGGAGCUGCUGCGUGCAAUCAGCCCCCCCUCGGAAGCUGCUGCUGCUGCUGCUGCUGCUGCUGCUGCUGCUGCUGCAGCAGCAGGCGACCCCUGGGAGGAGCCCGCAGAAGGCGACCUGCAGUGUACGUACACCCCGCUGCCCGCAGCAGCAGACAACGCGCAGCUGGCUUACCCAGAAACCCCAGAAGCUGUCUCGCCCGCGCACUGCAGCCAAGUGCAGCAGCAGCAGCAGCAGCAGCAGCAGCAGCAGCAGCAGCAAGAGGGCGUGCGUCACAGCAGCAGCAGCAAACGGACGGACAACGAGGAAGGUGCGCUUCCCGAGGAAGCAGCAGCAGGAACAGCAGCAGCAGCAGCAGCAGGAACAGCAGCAGCAGCAGCAGCAGGAGCAGCAACUGCUGCUGCUGCGAAGGCCCCCCCGCCGGGGAGAUUUCCAUCAAAGACCCUUGCCAAGUCUCCACCACCUAAACACGACAAAGCAGCAGCAGCAGCAGCAGCAGCAGCAGCAGCAGCAGCGGCAGCAGCAGCAGCGGCAGCAGCAGCAGCGGCAGCAGCGGCAGCAGCAGCUGCAAUGAAAACGGCAGCAGCAGCAGCAGCUGCUGCUGCUGCAGUGCAGGUAGCAGCGACGCGGAAGCUGCUGCUGCACUCAAAGCAGAAGCAGCAGCAGCAGCGGCAGCAGCAGCAGCAGCAGCAGCAGCAGCAGCAGAAGCAGCAGCAGCAGCAGCAGCAGCAGCCUUUUGCUGGGGUGUGGGCCUCCCCGUGUCAUUUGUUCUCAAUAAAAUUAAUUUGCAAAAAUAAAAAAUAA